AACAUACUGGUAAAUCAAGAAUAUCAUUCAGUAUGUAAACAAAGAUGGCACCAGGUCUUGGCUAUUGGGGUCCGCCAAGUUCUACUAUAGAUUGGUGUGAAGAAAACUACCGGGUCACACAUUUCAUUGCAGAAUUCUGGAACACCAUCAGCAAUGUCUCCAUGAUCAUUCCUCCAUUCAUUGGGGCCUUCCUCCUCGUAAAGGACAAACUGGAAUUUCGCUUAGUUGCUUCCCAUCUCAGCCUCAUGUGUGUUGGACUGGGUUCCUGGUGUUUUCACAUGACUCUUCUGUACAGCAUGCAGCUGUUAGAUGAGCUUCCCAUGAUCUGGGGUUCAGCUGUUCUCAUUUACAACUUAGCCACUGUUGAGUACCCAGCCAAGUCACACAACCUGUUGCUUUCUGCUGGUCUCUUUACAUACUGUGCCAUAGUUACUCUGGUCUACAUCAUGUGUAAUAUACCCAUAUUCUUUCAAAUUGCAUAUGGUCUGAUGGUGUGUUCUUUAGUUGCCACUGCCUGGAAAGUGUCAAGGAGUAUAGCCUGGGCCAACAAGACAGUGUUAGUGUGUGCUGUGGUGGCCUACGGUACAGGGUUUAUCCUGUGGAACAUAGACAACCAGUUCUGUUCAUCUCUCAAGUCUAUGCGCUAUCACACGGGGUUCCUGUCUCCGCUGUUUGAGUUCCACGCCUGGUGGCAUAUACUUGCAGGCAUAGGAACAUACAUGGGCAUUAUAUUUGGUGCUGAUGCUAGGUGUAGUGUUCUAGGAUACAAGACCAAAAUCAAGUAUUGGAAUCAUUGUGUACCAUAUUUAGACGUGAAAAAUGGCCAUGAGAUGUAGAAUAUCAGUAGAAUGUUGUCUCUGUGAUAUAUUUCAAGUUGUGGAAGCACUGUUUCCCCUACCUUGUUGUGAGUCAGCCAUUACCUCAGUGAGCAGGGAACCAAUGAGCCAUGCUCUGGUAAAACGGGGCUUAAUGCAUGUUCGUAAAGUGUUAUCAUAGAUUAGCAUGUGCAGUGUGCACAGGCUUAUCAGGGACAGCUUUUUCCACUUUAAUGGAUUUUUUGUGUAAAGGAAGACUCUUCUACAUGAAAAUCCACUCUAGGCAAAAAGUGUGGAUCCUAAUUAGCCUGUGCGGACUGACCUGGCUAAUCUGGAACGACUUUUUACGCACAUGCAUCGAAUGCCGUUUUCCUGGAUCGAGUCUCAAAUAUCACAUAUCACAAUUUCACUACACCCAAUUUGGACUUGUGUUUUGUUUGAAGUUUCAUCUAUAUCGAGUUAACUUCUGUAAGAUUUGUCUUUCAUUGGAGAGUCAUGUUCAAAUCGACAUCAUCUAGACUCACACUUCAAUUCUGAAAAUCAGUUCAUAUUGUUCAGUUCGUAUUUUACUGUAGUGGAUUAAAUGUUGUUCUGAAUCUUAACUGAAAAACGUUUUGUUUCUGUAACACUGUUGUGCCAUCAGGUAGCAAUGUUACUGUGUAAUGCCGAACAACACCCACACUUUUGUUGAUAUACAAGUAAUAAAUCUAGUAAAUGGAUCAGUACUUUUAUGAUGCAGAAAUGGAUUCAACAGCCAUGCCAAUAUCAUCAAAGAAAAAUGAAACAAUUGAAGCAGUACUUUUAGUAAGAUUCAUUUACCAUUGCUGAAAAGUACAAUGAGAGCAUAAUGAAAAUAUCACUACUUUUGAUUAAAUUGUUAUUUCAGUACAUUUUGUGAUAAAUUUCAGUAAUUUUCUCAAAUUUUAUUGUAAUGCCUGAGGUAUUGAAAGGAGAAAAACUUUAAAUUACUGUUAGACCUUCUAGAUAGCUUAGUUUACUCUUGAAAAUAUUUUUGUAGCAUGUUGAUUAUUGUUAACUUUAUGUUUUAAAGAUGUAAAUAUGUAUUGUUCAAAAUAAUUUAUUAUAUCUCUGUAUAAAGUAGGCAAAUGUCUAUGUUUUGUCAGUGCAACAGUCAAUUUUGUUUUUUGAGUGCACAACUUGCAUAUUUUUCAAGAAAUUGAAUUGGAAAGUUAACUCUUUCAGUGCUGGAACUGAAUUUUGAAAGCCUUUGCAAACAGUUUGGAUCUAGAUGAGAUGCCACAGAACAUGGCGUCUCAUCAGGAUCCAAACUGUUUGCUAUUCUGAUAGUAUUCUUUGAAAAAAAUCAAAGAAAAUGCUAAUUUAAGAAAUUCAGCAGACCACAUUUUAGCAGACAACAAAUUUCCCAGCAUGCAAAGGGUUAAGUAUGUCAUCACCAUGAAGCGUAGAUAUGCAGACACUAUUUUCAUCCUAUGAACUCCACCACAUUCCUGAGUUAUGUGCCCUUGAAAUAAGCUGACAAAUUGUUGUGGAACCAUUAGUAUCUUUUGUUACAAAGCUCUGGUUAUCUUUCUUGUGCAUAUGGUGCUCGUGGGUAGCAUUUAGGAUACCAUGAUGUCCUUGGUUUGUUGCAUGUGUCUCAACUUUUUCUUCUAACAAGUUCUUCAACUGAGCUGCUGGGCAGAUUUUAUCAAAACUUUACAGGAAUUAUCCUUGGGUGACACUCUUUCAAAGUUGCUUAAAUGAUUCCAGACUGAAGUCCUCGAACGAGUUUAUUCAAAUUAUGCCCCCGGGGUCAAAACUGGCAUGACAAGUGAGUUACUUGUUUUCCUUAAAUGCAUAUAUUGAAAACUUAUUUCUGAAAUUAUAAUCUCUGAAACCGCUAGGCUCAAUGAUUUAUUAUUUAGCAGUAAAUAUCACAUUGAAGUCCACUACCAAGUUUGAUCAAAUUAUGUUCCUGUGGCAAAAAUGGUUUUGCCCUUGGAGUUGUUUCCCGUAAAAGUAUGGACUUAUAACUUAAAAUCUACUCAGAACAGUUCAGGUCCUUUGGGUUUCAGGUGAGCAGCCUAGGGCCUUUAACCUUCUUUUUUAUAUUUUGUAGUUAAUUUUAAAUUUGGUAAACUAUUUUCAUUGCCAUUUUAAAUGAUAUUUUUUGUGCAAUUCAUUUAUUUGCAUAUAUUUAUGUUUUGAUAACUUAUGUAGGUGUGAUCAUGUAUGUUUUAUUCAUGAAGAUCCAAGCUAAAUAUUGAACAAUGCUAUAUUGUUUUAGCACACCUGAGCACAGCAUGCAUAUUGUGUGCUGUUGUGAUACCUUGGUUUUUUGUCUGUUUUGCAUCAUCAACAUUUGCCCUAUGAACACUUCCACUGUCAUUGAACAGCAUGGUGGCCUUGAGGCAUGCCAGUUUUCCUCAAGUGGCUAAAACAAUUUGAACUUGAACCUGAAAUCACAUUUUUGAUCCACUCAUUGUUAAACGUGCUGAAAGACAUAAUACAAGUGUCAUGAUAUCAAAGCCUAGUUGAAAAAUUAUGAAGGUUUGUUUAAAUAAUGUGGCUACCAAAUGUUGAGGCAAUUUUCCCUAUGAGCCUAUUGUGAAUCCUGUGAACAUUAUCUUCUCAGAACAGUUUAGGUCCUUCUUAUAUCAGGUGAGCACCUUAAGGCUUUUGGUCAUCUUGUUAAGAUCUACCACAUUAUUUGCGGUAAAGAAAUACUUUUAGAGUAGAAUUGUUUAACAACAUUCAACAUGUUGAAAUAUUUAACAAAACAUUAUAUUUUUUAUAAUAUUUUAAGACUGUUACUAUUGUUAUGUUAAUAACGAUUUUAGAUAGUAUGGAAUCUAUUCAUAUCCAUGUAAACUUGGCGUAAGAGCUGGUAUGAAAUAAUAAAACAUGUAUUUAGGAUUGUGAUAUAAACCUUGUAUUUUGUGUUGUUUAAAUUGUUGAAUAACCAUUCGUGAAAUACAAAUGAAGAUGCAGACAGACCAAACUUCAUGUUGAGCCUGUGGUUUGCAGACUUCAGUUUUGAAUCAAAAUAUUUUACAGCAUUACUGUACUUCAUUUAUUUAUAUUUACCAAAUACCAGGAAAUACUCCAUGUAUAAUGGGAUAUAGGUUAUAAUAGUUAGUAAUUAGGUGCCAUAUUAUAUUUAUUAAAUGAGUCACGUUCUGAGGAAACUGGGCUUAAUGCAUGUGUGUAAAGUGUUGUCCCAGAUUGGCUUGUGCAGUCCGCACAAGCUAAUCAGGGAUGAAACUUUCCGCCUAAAUUGGAUUUUUGCUAAGAGACUUUAAUUAAAUGAAAAAUUUCAUAAAAGCGGAAAGUGUCGUCCCUGAUUAGCCUGUGCCGACUGCACAGGCUAAUCUGGGACGACACUUUACGCACAUGCAUUAUGCCCUGUUUUCUUAGAACACGACUCAAUUUAUUAAAUGUAACAUGAUAUAAGCCUAGUUCUCUGAACAAUGGGCUAACUGCAUGUGAGUAGUGUCGUCCUAGAUUAGCUUGUAACACUGUAUUAUGUGAAUUUGGAAUAAGACAUCAAACUGGGAAUGGAUAUCCUUUUAGUGAUUUUCUCAAACAAAACUAAUCAUUUAAGAUCUGAAUUUAUUUUAUCAAUACUUCAAGCUUAAAAAGCAAUUUUCCAUGACUUUUUCAUUAACAGUGAUUGUAUUUUUAUCAUUUUAACUGUAUUUUAAAACUGUGUUCAUGCGCGGCAUGGACACAGUCUUAUUUUAUGAGGAUUAUAAUAAAAAUUCAUAAAAAAUCGAGUUUUGUAGUAAAAUCAAUUUAAAUGGAGCUAUUAUAUAUGCAAGUAUCUAUUUUAAUCAUAAUUUGUCAAACUAAAUAAAUACAACAUGUAAAACUGCAUAUUAUGCACAGUUGAAAAAACACAAUUUAUUCCCAAGUUGAUGUCUUAUUCCAACUUCACAUAAUACAGUGUCUUGUGAAGUCCAAACAGGCUAAUCAGGGAAGGCAAUUUUUUGCCUAAAGCCCAGUUUUCAAGAACGAUGCUCAAAUAACUAAUUUUUUUAUAAUUAGUUAAUUAAUUAAUUAAUUAAUAUACCAGAACAUAAUACAAAAAUUCCUCAUUUAUAAUUUUAAUGUUACAUUGUUUAAGACGGUGUAAGAUUCUCAUGAUAUACAAAGAAAUUGUUUCUCUUUUAUAUGAAAAAAUAUAUAACAAAUUGUAUUGUAUGCAAAGGCUAUUCUAAAAAGGCUGUAGAAAAGAAAAUCUUAACGUAUAUAAUUGAAUGCCAACAUCUAGGUAUGGUGUGUGUAUGUUUUAAAGUUUCAUUGUUAUAUAACCAUACUAAAGUUUUCAUCAAAUUAUGCUUGUUGUUCUAGAGUUUAUUGAUUGGUUUAAUGUUUUUGUUACUGUUGUUAAUUGGUUAAUGUCUGGUUACACAUUGUUGUUGAUAUUUUGCUUUUGUUCAUUGUUUGGCACUUUGUUGUAUGAAUCAAUUCCAGUUAAUUAGCAUUGAAUGUUUAAAUAUAUUCUCUCAGGUUACUUUUUAGCAUUAUAUAUCUCUGGGCGAAAUAGCAGUGGGUAAGAUAAGUUUUUUAAUGAUGUGUGUGUAAAUUUUAACUUUUAUGUAAGUUGUAAUAAUUCAAGUAUUCUAGUAUCUAACCAUAAAAUAACAAUUGCCACUAAUUAAAACUUCCAACAUAGAAUUAAAGAGAAUCAUAGAUUUGUCAGUCUGUUUUAGUGGUGAACUUGAAAAACCUGGAUGAAUGCAUUUUGAGUAAGCAUCUUCUCAUUUGAGUAUGUGCAGUCUGCACAGCUUAUUCAGGGAUUACACAUUCCGCUUUCAUGGAUUUUUAAAAUUUAAGGAAGUGUCUUUUUAACAAAUAUCCAGUUUCGGCCCAGCUGGGACGAUACUUUAGGCGCAAGCCACUUACCCAGAGCAAGGCUUAGAAAUUUGUAGCACAAUCUGUUAACCACAUAAUAAUUGAAAAAACAACUUUGGGCGCUUCUUUCUACUGUUCAAUAUUGGAGACUCUACUCUUGUAAUUGCACUCAGGUAAGCGCUCUGGGCCUUCAUGGCCCUCUUAUUGCUUGUUUGAAUAAUUUAUUUUUUAUAAACACUGAGAACAUAUUUAAUUUACCCAUGUUUAUUAUAAUUUAAGUAUACAAUACAAAUAGUGUUAUGGUUUUUAUGUACUAAACAUCCAGAUAAUUAUUGCCUAGUUAUAUAUAAAUAUAGUUGUCACAUUGAUUUCAUUUUUAAUAUUAUAUAGUUUUAAAACCAUUCAUACAAUAUAUCUAAUUUAAGUGAUUGUUUUUGUGAUAAUUGUUGAGAAAUUCUUCAUGUUAAGGAAAGUUUUGCAUGUAUGUGCACGUAAGUGUCUUUGAUAUGAAUCCCAUUUUCAUGACAAGGUUAAUGGCAAUUAGAUAAUUUUUUUGCAUUUCUCUCACACCAGUUACAAUGUGCAUGUUUGUCUUUUUUCAUAGCAUGUUUAGAAUUUGGAUUAAGCACCUCAAUACGAAUCCUUCAUAGAUACUAAAAUUCGCAAUGGCAGCAAAUAUUAAUGUUUAAAUGAUAACAAAUAUCAUCUGUAUACAUAUGUCUUGAAUCUCAUUAUAAUUUUGAUCAUUUUACAUGAAAAUAUCAGUUACAAUCUGUUUUUGGAAAGUCUGAAGAAAUCUGAAUCUGAAAUAGUGUCCUUAUGUCCUCAGUUUUAACUAUUUAAGAUUUAUGUUUUAUUGAUGUAACAACAGUGGUGCAAAGUAAGUGUUUUUGUUUAGCCGUUUGUUAAAAUGAUUUUUGGUGAUUGGAAAAGUUUUGUAUAUUGUAAGCUGCCUAUUUAUAACUGUAAAACUAUCACUUUUGGUUGUGUACUGACUUGUACAUAAUUGAUUUGCAUGUUGUUUUUUGUGUUUUAUUUAUGUAUUAAUUUGUUUUGAUAAUAAACUAUAUUGUAAUCA